AUGGGAUCAGAUCGGAGAUGGAUGUAUGCUAGGUUAAAAGAUGGUCUAUUGACCUCAGAAUUCAUAGAAGGUAUUGAACAAUUCAUAACAUUUGCUAAGCAACAUCCAGAGUGGAUGGAUGGGGAUAAACUGAAGUGUCCAUGUAAUCAUCGAAAGUGUCAGAAUCGUAAUUAUGCUGAUGAGAAUACAAUUCGGUUACAUUUGAUGAAGCAUGGAUUUGUGCCAUAUUAUUAUAAAUGGAUUCUACAUGGGGAACCCCGCACAAGUAAUAUUGAUAGUCAAAACAUAAAUGUUAUGAUAGCUGAGUCUGUUCAAGAGGUUGAUAAUAGCACAAGCAAUACCUAUGAGCAAAUGAGAUUGCAAAGAUUAUAUGCUUCGAAUGCAACAGCAAAAGAAAUGAGAUGGCAUGCUGAGCAUGACCAUGAAGAUGGGGUAAUGUGUCAUUGUUCAGAUGCAACUACAUGGAAGCAUUUUAAUAAAACACAUCCUUCAUUUGCUGCUGAGGUUCGGAAUGAAGAGUAUAUGUUCCUAACGGUACUAGUUCCUGGUCCGAGAAACCCAAAAGACAAAUUGGAUGUGUACUUACAGCCCCUUAUUGCAGAGUUGAAACAGUUGUGGGAAGUUGGAGUUGAGACAUAUGAUGCAUCAAAGAAGAAUAAUUUUAAUAUGAGGGUUGCGUUAUUAUGGACAAUAAGUGAUUUCCCUGCAUAUUCAAUGUUAUCCGGUUGGAGCACAGCAGGCAAGACUGCUUGUCCAUAUUGUAGGGACGAUUCAGAUGCAUUCACAUUGACAAAGGGUGGUAAACAAUCAUGGUUUGACAAUCACCAUGAGAAUAACAGUUGCAAAGCAAAAAACACGGGUUGGAAGAGACGGAGCAUUUUUUGGGAUUUGCCAUAUUGGAGUACUAACAUGCUUCGCCACAACUUGGAUGUCAUGCAUAUAGAGAAAAAUGUAUUUGAAAAUAUUUUUAAUACUGUGAUGAAUGUUGAAGGGAAGACGAAGGACAAUGCAAAAUCAAGAGAAGAUUUGAAAGAGUUUUGUCACCGACCUGAGUUAGAGAGGGAUAUGGCAACAGGAAAGUAUCCUAAAGCAUGUUACACAUUAGACAAACAAUCAAAAGCAGUGUUGUGUGAAUGGCUUAAAAAUCUUAGAUUCCCAGAUGGUUAUGUGUCAAACAUGGGUAGGUGUAUAGACAUGAGAAAACUAAAGUUGUUUGGGAUGAAAAGCCAUGAUUGUCAUGUCUUUAUGCAAAGAUUACUCCCAAUAGCAUUUAGGGAAUUGCUUCCAAAAAAUGUGUGGCAAGCAUUGACCGAAUUGAGCAAUUUCUUUAGAGAGUUAACUUCAACAACACUUAGAGAAGAAGCCAUGUUACAGCUCAAUGAAGAGAUUCCUAUUAUAUUAUGUAAACUAGAGCGUAUAUUCCCUCCAAGUUUCUUUGACUCCAUGGAACAUCUCCCAGUGCAUUUGGCUUAUGAAGCAUGGAUUGCUGGUCCUGUGCAAUAUCGGUGGAUGUAUCCAUUUGAGAGGUACCUUAGGAAGUUAAAAAAUAAUGUGAAAAAUAAAGCCAAAGUGGAAGGUUCCAUAUGCAAUGCAUACUUAGUUGAAGAAGCAUCGUCAUUCUGCGCUCAUUAUUUUGAACCCCAUGUCAACACAAGGCAUCGAAAGGUUCCACGCAAUGAUGAUACAGUCGAACAUAUGGAUGAACAUCUAGCCAAUAAAUCAAUUUUCACUCAUUCCAGCAUUUUUGUUAAUGAGUUACACAUGGCCAAUCCAAAUAUCAAUGAUAAACAAGUUGAUGAGAAACUAGAGCGUGAAUUUGACAAGUGGUUCAAUAAAUAUGUUCACAAUCCCUCCAACAAUAUAUCAAGCCAGUUUUUAAAGGAUCUAUCAAAGGGUCCAUUAAGAAGUGUUAUGUCCUACAAUAGUUAUGUAGUUAAUGGUUAUAAAUUUCACACUAAAAGUCAUGGUUCGCAUAGGGCAACGAUGAACAGUGGGGUAUGCAUUAAGGGGACUAAUUAUAGUAUUGACGAGAGUGACUACUAUGGACAGUUAAUUGAAGUGCUACGAUUGGAGUACACUGGAUUACCAAUCAAAAGAAUUGUAUUGUUUAAAUGUGAUUGGUUUGAUCCAACAAUGAAUGUGGGAACAAAUAUUCAUCCAAAAUAUAAACUUGUGGAUAUUAAUAAAAAAAGAUCUUUCAAUAGAUAUAAACCAUUUGUUCUAGCUAUCCAAGCUGCUCAAGUCAAUUAUUCGAUAUAUCCAAGCUUAACACACGAUAAGGAUGAAUGGUGGGCUAUGUUCAAAAUCAAAGCGAUAUCUGUUAUUGAUCUUCCUAAUCAAGUGAAUGUGACAACCCCCCCUACACGGGAAGAACCAUUUCAAGAAGAUGAAAUGGAAGAUGUUGAAGAUGAAGAAGAGCUUGAGUUGGACUCAGAAAGCGAUGAGGAAUGCGAUGAUGUAUAUGAUAGUGAUACUAAUUAG